CCUUGGUGGCUCAAGGACAACGAGUUUAUCCAUACAGGCUAUCGGCCCGAGUCUUGGAGCUUUGGCAAAAGCCUCGAGUCCAUGUUCUAUCUGCACAACGAGUUUGGCAACAUUUGGACGCAUCUUCUGGGCUCCAUCUUUUUCACUGGCUUUACGUUUUAUCUGGGCCAGUUUGUCAUCCACGAUCAUCGUUUCAUGGUGCGUCUCUCCGAUCGCAUCACGUUCUUUGUGUUUUGGACGACCGCCAUUGCCUGCAUGUUCUGCUCCGCCGUCUUUCACACCAUGUUCAGCCACUCGUACAGCGUCUAUCGCCAAUUUGCAAAGUUGGACUACGCUGGAAUCAUUCUUCUGAUUGUUGGGUCGGUCGAAGCAGUGCUCUACUUUUCCUUCUACUGUUACCCAGUGCUUCAGAGCAUCUACAUGAGCAUUACACUCCUGUGUGGUAUUGCCACGAGCUAUGUGACCUUUUCGCCUUAUUUUGAAGGAAAUGGGAAGAAAGGCAUUCGAGUGCAAAUGUUCAUUGCCUUGGGUGGCACCUCGCUGUUUCCGACCCUUCACUACCUGGCGUUGGCGGGUUGGAGCCAUUUUAAUGCCUCCUUUGACUCGUUCUGGCUCUUUGGUGUUUCUGUACCCUUGUACCUCGCUGGUGCGGCCAUCUACAUCAACAAGAUACCCGAACGCUUCUAUCCCGGCCGCUUUGACAUUUGGCUUCAUAGCCAUCAAGUUUGGCACGUCUUUGUCAUGCUAGCGGCUUAUGCCCACUAC